GCGCACAUCACAUUCGGUUAUUACGUCGAGCAUCCAGCAGGAACUGUGUUGAACGGCUGAAUCGCUAGCACGAGAUGUCAGAGAAGAAACAAACAGUGGACUUGGGGCUGUUGGAGGAAGAUGAUGAAUUUGAAGAAUUCCCAGCAGAGGACUGGACAGGCCUGGAUGAAGAUGAGGAUGCUCAUGUUUGGGAAGAUAACUGGGAUGAUGACAAUGUAGAGGAUGACUUUUCUAAUCAGCUGAGAGCGGAGCUUGAAAAACACGGAUACAAGAUGGAAACCUCUUAAUGAUGGAUUACUUGAGCUGAAAAUAGAUUUUUCCACAUUUGUAUAUUGUCAGCUUGUUCUGUCAAUACAAAAUGUGAUUUCUCUUAUUACUUCUGUAAGAAGCCCAUCGUUGUAAA